UCGAAUUCAAAAUGGAAAGAGAAUGGAGAAAAGAGAAAAAAGAAGAUAUUCCCAAUAGCAUUUACACGAUAGUAAUUACAUAUAAUACAUACGAAGAUUACCUAGAAACUCAAAUAUCGGAAGAAAAUCUUAAAUACUUCGAAGACGAAGAGAUUGCCAAGAAAUUAGUGGAAUUAGGAUACUGGGGAACGGGCAAAGCCUUGAAGAGAGAGGAAUUUUAUUAUUGGAAAAAAUAUGCAGAAAAAUUAAGGAACGAAAAUAGGAAAAUCGUCCCUAUCUAUAAACCCAGAACGGAAACGUUUACUGACGAAUUUUUACAGGCUUUAGCCGAACGAGAAGUACCCAAUUUAAAUGGUGAUAUGAGUAGCAUAUUGUUUCUUCGAACGAUCAACAAUAAAGGACAAGAAAUAUCCUCUUACAUCGAUCUAGCUCAUAGAUUAGAAACUGAAGAUUUUCAACUUUAUUUUUCUGGUAAGAGGAAACUUAUUCCUCAAUACGACGAUCUCAGUUUCUGUAAUUGGGUUACUCGUUAUUGUGUUAAGAAUUGCACUCCACAUUACGAUGUUAUUGUCGAGAAACUAGAAGGGAUACAGUUUAAACAUACGGGUGAUGGCUACAUUAUUACUGUUGCCAGUGAAAAUCCCGGGGAAGAUACAUUUAAAAGAGUAAUUCGCUCGCCAAGUUACUACCAAAUUGUUUUCUAUGAUCAUUUAGUUAGAAGAAAAAUCGUUCAGUGAUUGUAUAAUUAUUUUAUAUUCGAAAAAAUUAUGAGAUCCGAAAUUCAACUAAAUUAUUUUCUACGUAAAAUCUACUUUUUACUUUUGGAAAUAAGUUUUUAAACAGUAGAAUGUGAAUUUGAAAUAACCAAAACCUAUUUCAGUUGAUUGUUAUUAAUUUUAUA